AUGAGUGUCAAAGUCACCUCCAGAUCCAAGUCCUUGAAGGAUGUGGACCUUCCUCGGGAAACCAGCACCUUAGCCGCUGCAUUGAAAGAAAUCUCAAGCAAAAACAAGAAUAUCAACACGAACCGUAUCAGACUGACUAUCCUAAAGGAAAACAAGCAAAUUCCUAUAACUUCUGAUCAUGCGUUUGAAGAUUUGACCGGUGCAAAGAUAUUUGCCAAAGAUAUCGGUCCCCAAAUUGGGUGGAGACUCGUCUUUUGCAUGGAAUAUUUGGGACCUAUCUUAAUACACUCUCUUGUUUAUUACCUAUCCACUAGGCCAGAGUUGUUCAAAUAUCACAACAAAUCCCGUCCAUAUAACCCAUUUAUCAGCAAGGUGGCUUACAUUUUGGUGGUUGCUCAUUAUCUGAAGAGAGAAUUGGAAUCUAUAUUUUUGCACAAAUUUGCACAAUCUACGAUGCCACUCUUUAAUCUGUUCAAGAACUCUUUCCACUAUUGGAUCUUGAAUGGUGCUAUUUCGCUGGGUUACUUCGGUUACGGGUUUCUGCUCAAAGACGUCACUGUUUUCAAGAUCUACUCCGCUUUCAAGCUAGACAAUUUUGCUCUCAUCCUUGCCCUCUUUGUCACCUCAGAGUUCUGGAACUUUUGGACACACUACAAGCUUCGUCGCUGGGGUGAUGCUCAAAAGGCUAAGGGUAUCACUGAACGUGUGCCACUUGAAAAUGGUCUAUUCAAAAUUUUCGUCGCGCCAAACUAUACUUUCGAAGUUCUAGCCUGGACUGCUUUCACCUUACUUUUCAAACUCAACAUAUUUUCUGUUAUUUUCCUCUCUGUUUCGACCGCUCAACUAUACUUGUGGGCCGCCAAGAAGAAUAAGAAAUAUGGUACAAAGAGAGCGUUUUUGAUCCCCUUCGUUUUUUAA